AUUUACUAUUUUAUGCAUAGCCUAUAGGCCGAAAGUUUUGUGAGCAUUUUGUGAGGUUAGUUAUCUCAAGCGCUAAGUUUAUAAACAACGCACUGUUUGUUAACCAAGAGAAUAUAAUCCUGAGAUAUAAUUUAUACGUUUUUGUUAAAAUGGCUGAUAAUUUUCAAAAUAAAACAAUGGCUUCAGUGAUGAUGGAUUAUGAGUUUAAAAUGAAAACACAAAACGAACGCUCCAAGGUCGAGGAUUUGUUCGAUUACGAAGGCUGUAAAGUUGGCAGAGGAACCUACGGUCAUGUUUACAAAGCCAGGCGAAAGGAUGGUUCGGACACUAAAGAUUACGCCUUGAAACAGAUCGAGGGAACUGGCCUUUCCAUGUCGGCUUGUAGAGAAAUAGCGCUGCUUCGAGAACUAAAACACCCGAAUGUCAUCAACCUCAUAAGAGUAUUCCUUUCUCACACAGACAGAAAGGUGUGGUUGUUGUUUGACUAUGCAGAACAUGAUUUGUGGCACAUAAUUAAGUUUCACAGAGCAGCAAAAGCUAAUAAGAAAUCUGUGAUGGUACCUAAAGGCAUGGUUAAAAGCUUACUGUAUCAGAUCUUGGAUGGUAUUCACUACUUGCAUUCUAAUUGGGUUUUACAUAGAGAUUUGAAACCAGCCAAUAUUCUUGUAAUGGGCGAAGGGCCAGAAAGAGGCAGGGUAAAGAUUGCUGACAUGGGAUUUGCGAGGUUAUUCAAUGCACCAUUGAAACCACUUGCAGACUUGGAUCCUGUUGUGGUCACAUUUUGGUAUAGAGCACCAGAAUUAUUGUUAGGAGCUCGACAUUACACUAAAGCUAUAGAUAUAUGGGCAAUAGGCUGUAUAUUUGCAGAGCUUUUAACAUCAGAACCAAUAUUUCACUGUCGCCAAGAAGACAUCAAAACAAGUAACCCAUACCAUCACGAUCAACUGGACAGGAUAUUCAAUGUUAUGGGUUUUCCUCUGGAGAAGGAUUGGGAAGACAUUAGAAAAAUGCCAGAGCAUGCCACUUUGGUUAAAGAUUUCAAGAGAUCUAAUUACCAAAAUUGUUCACUCAGCAAAUACAUGGACAGACAUAAAAUCAAACCAGACAGCAAGGCAUUCAGUCUCCUACAAAGGUUGUUACUAAUGGACCCCAACAGAAGGAUAACAUCAGAACAAGCCAUGCAAGAUCCUUAUUUUUCUGAGGACCCCUUACCAACUCAGGAUGUGUUCGCCGGUUGUCCGAUACCAUAUCCAAAGAGGGAGUUCUUGACGGACGAUGAUCAAGAGGACAAGAGCGAUUCCAAAGCGCGACAGAACCAGCAGCAACAGCAGCCCAAUACUCAACAAAAUCAAGUACAAGCUAACAGUCAUGAUCAUGCAGCCAAUAACGCUAAGCGAAUGAGAAUGUCAGGUCCAAAUCAAGGCAACAAUACUGGUGGGGGCGGACAGCAAGAGUUCCAUCAACAACAACAGAUGAUGUUCGGCGGCCAACAACAAGGUGGUGGCAAUCAACAGCAAGGCAACUUUCAACAAAGGUUCUAGAAAAUUCUGUGUGCAAAUAAAUUACAGGAGUAAAUCUAGACAGGGAAUAUGGAAAGCAAGAGUGCCAUCAGCAACAACAAAUGCUCGGUGGCCAACAACAAGGCGGUGGCAAUCAACAACAUGGCAACUUCCAACAAAGGUUCUAGAAACUUCUUAAUACAAAUACUACAGGAGUAAAUCUAGAUAGAAUAUGGAUAGCAUGAAUUCCAUCAAUACAGCAAAUGAUGUUCGGUGGACAACGACAAGGCGGUGGCAAUCACUAAAGGUUCAAAGGGUUUCUAUUUACAAGUAAAUUGCAGUACUAAAAAGAUAUAUAGAUAGUAAAAGAAAUGAUAUUCGGUGGCCAACAACAAGGGGAUGGUAAUCAGCAACAAGACAACAAAGACGCUGGUAUGCAACAACAAAAGAGAUUUUCAACAGAGAGAUAGAGUUCUUAGAUCUUGGAAGUACUCAGAUUUCGAUGAAAUUUGUAGACAUGUUAUAUCGGUUUUCGAAUUUCAUAUUAUAUUCAUCUCAAUGUAGUGAAUUUUUUAUGAUGGACAUCCAAAGAAACAGACAACCUAUUACAAUUUAGGUCAUUCUAAUAUAUUAUAGAAGAUAAUAGAUUUUAUACAUGUGCAAAAAAAGCUUAGAUCAGUUGACAAAAGAGUUUGGCACGUAUAAUAAGAUAAGUAACUUUAUUCAGUCAUUUCUAAAAGAAAUUUUCACAGUUUCUUUGUUCUAAUUAAUCCUUUGGGUCCUAGCCAUUUUGCAUCCUUUUAAAGUGCAAGUGUUAUAUUAUAACUGUAAAUAUUAAAUAAGGAGUAGGUUUUUUUGAAACCCAAUGAAUUAAACAUACAAUAAAAGUAUUUUUAGUAAAUCUUAUCUAGUCUUUAAUUUAAUUUUUACACAUUAUUAAAAUUAAAAAUAACAUAUAAAAUUAUUCACUCAAAUAUAUAAAAAUAUAGUCUUACAAUUUGGACGGAAUUAAUCACAUUUAUUAUUAAAAAAUUCGCUUACUAUCAAUCGAUUUUGUUCGAAGACUCACUCAAGGAAAUGCAAUCUUCCAGGCGGUAGAGUCACCGUAAACCCAGUCAUAAAGUCUGUUUUUCCCACGAAUAUUUAAAUAUAGGCCUUAUACAAAACGCAUAGAAUAAAUAGUAUUCAAAAUAGAA